AAAAGACAAGGAAAAGAAAGUAGCCCGUGAUCUGCUAGCUGCUGGCUGUACGAAAAGGUUGCAUAGAACCGGCAAGCAGCACUGCGCGCGCCCAAGUUGGAAUGCGCGAGGGGAUUUAUUCGGAUAUUAAUUCGCCUGAACGAAUUUAUCAGUAGGCUGAUGUGAGCGAUUUGUGUUUCGGUCGUACGAAGUGACCAGCGAUCUGCCUGGACUCAGGGCUGAACGAUCCUGACAGAGGAGUGCGGUUUUGGUUGCCGGGAGAAACAGAGAGGAGUCCUGUUUGGUUGCCGGGAGGUUGCAGUGUGAUUGGCCGUAGAGUCCCUCGCCCCCUGGGAAGGUGGAUGCGUUGAGGGAAGGUGCAGUGAUGCUGGCCAAGGUGGCCCACAACAACAGCAAGGCUGAUAAAAGAGCAUCGCUGGUGGCUUCGAAAGCAAAAUGGAGUCGGGUGGACGAGCAGCCGACGCCCAGGCUGAGUGCUGAUGGCAGGGCCGGAAACUAUAAACAAGACAGUGUGCAGCAGUGGCUCAUGUCCAGCUGUCAGGAGCAGGUGAAAUCAGACCCUGACCUGGAUGCUUCAGAGCCACUGAAGAGACAGGCCAGUGGGGAGGAUGACUUAGUGCUUGGCGUAGAAGCCUCUUUAUAUGGUAGAAACCCAGAGCUCAAGACUGCUGAAGAGGUCCCGCGGAGUCCGCAGGCGGUACCCCCCCUGACUCGCUGGAACAGUCUGACAUCUGCUGUUUCGGCACAGUCUGGAGCUCUGAGUGUAAUGGACGUACUGAACCUGUGGCACGAUGACCCCGAGGAGCUGCUGCUGGAGCUGGGCUUCGGCAGCGAGGAGCCCGACAUCUCGGCCCGGAUCCCGGCGCGGUUCAUCAACCACCAGUCCAAGGCCCAGGGGAUCAGCAUCCAGGUGUUCCUGGAGGCUCAUAAGAACCGCUUGGAUCUGGAGAACCCCGACGUCAGCAGUCGCUUCAGGCAGCUGGAGGUGCUGCAGCAGGUCACCUCGGCGUUCUCCGCCCUGGUCCCGGCCACGCCCCCUACGCCCGCCCCCGCGGUCAAACUCUCGCCCGCGUCCCGGGAGCGGCGGCGGAGACUGGGCAUGCUCUUCCGCCGGGCCUCCAAAAAGACCCUGAGCAUGAACCAGGGCCAACAAUCCCCGCCCGCCGACCCGUCGGCCAAUCAGGAGCCAGACCUGUCUGACAGACGCCCCGCCCUCAAGCACAGCCGGCCGGGCCCCCCCGAAAACGCUGGCCUGACUCCUCUGGUGGAGGAGCAGAGCCCCAACGCCAGCCAGGACGCCUGUGACCCCCCCGCCGCGGGACCCCCGCCCCUCCCGGGGGAGAGCCCCAGGCCCCAACUGAGGCGGGACCCCCCUUGCAUUACCCCCAGGUCCCCUCUCCGAAGGAAAAGCCCUGGAGACAUGAAGAGCCCCGAAUCCUUCGAAAUAGAGGAGAUCCACAGCUUCGAUGAGGGCAGUGCAGUUCGGAGCGCUGCGGAGCUCGGAGAGUCUGCCGAGGCCCGGUUCCUGAGGACGAGCAGCUGUCAAUCAGACAGCAGCGGCUUUCUGGAAGAGCCUUUCAUCCCCUGUCUCUCCCAGCAGGCCUCCCCUGUGCCUGAGCUGUUGAAGGCUUUACACAACCUUUCAGGAGACAGCACAGAUAGCCAGAUCACUGUGAAAGAAAGCACUGAUAUCCCCUACAGAAUGGACAGCCCGACAAGUGUAAAAGAAAUGACUGAUAUCCCCAACAGAAUGGAUAGCCCAACCACUGUAAAAGAAAGUACUGAUAUCCACUACAAAAUGGAUAGCCCGACAAGUGUAAAAGAAAUGGCUGAUAUCCCCAACAGAAUGGAUAGCCCAACCACUGUAAAAGAAAGUACUGAUAUCCCCUUCAGCAUGGAUAGCCCAACCACUGUAAAAGAAAGCACUGAUAUCCCCUACAGAAUGGAUGGCCGGACAAGUGUAAAAGAAAUGGCUGAUAUCUCCAACGGAAUGGAUAGCCCGACAAAUGUAAAAGAAAGUACUGAUAUCCCCUACAGAAUGGAUAGCCCGACAAGUAUAAAAGAAAGUGCUGAUAUGCCCUACAGAAUGGAUAGCCCAACAACUGUAAAAGAAAGUGCUGAUAUCCCCUACAGAAUGGAUAACCCGACCACUGUAAAAGAAAGCACUGAUAUCCCCUACAGAAUGGAUAGCCCGACAACUGUAAAAGAAAUGGCUGAUAUCCCCAACAGAAUGGAUAGCCCAACCACUGUAAAAGAAAGCACUGAUAUCCUCUACAAAAUGGAUAACCCAACCACUGUAAAAGAAAUGGCUGAUAUCCCCUACAGAAUGGAUAGCCCAAAAACUGUAAAGGAAAUUGCUGAUAUCCCCUACAGCAUGGAUAGCCAGCUCACUGUAAAAGAAAGCACUGAUAUCCCCUACAGCAUGGAUAGCCCAAAAACUGUAAAGGAAAUUGUUGAUAUCCCCUACAGCAUGGAUAGCCCCACAACUGUAAAAGAAAGUGCUAAUGUGCCCUACAGAAUGGAUAGCCAGCUCACUGUAAAAGAAAGUGCUGGUAUCCCCUUUAUCACAGAUAGUCAGACCAUUGUAAAAGGAAAUGUUGAUAUCUCCUAUAGCAAGGAUAUCCAUAAAACUGUAGAAUACAGCUGUGAUGUCCCCAAUAAUACUGGCAGCUCCAUCACUGUAAAAGAAAGGGCUGAUAUACCCUCUAACUACAGUCUUAUCACCGUAAACAAAUGUGCUGAUAUCCCCUAUAUCAUGAACACCUCAAUCACUGUAAAUGCAUAUGCUGAUGUCCCCUAUAGCACAGACAGCCCAAUUGCUCUGAUAGACUGUGCUGAUAUUCCCUAUAAGUACAGCAUGAUCAUUGUAAACGACAGUGCUGAUAUCCCCAAUGGCAUGGAUAGCCAUAUCACUGUAAAAGAAAGUGCUGAUAUCCCCUACAGAAUGGAUAGCUCUAUCACUGUAAAAGAAAGUUCUGAUAUCCCUUACAAUACAGAGAAUUGGAUUUGUGUGAAUGAAGUGUCAGACCUCCCCUGCAAUAUGGACAGUGAGGGGUUAGAGAAGAAAAAGUUGGAUCUCCCCUAUAGAACAGAGUCUGGAAUAUCUCUAAAAGAAGACUCAGGAAUCCCCUUUGUAUCGGACAGUCGGAGCUUGCUAAAGGAAAACUCCAGCCAGGGGGCAGCAGACUCACCACAGACAGCAGGUCUGGAGACUGAUGAGACCACAGACAGAGAGGAACUGGAGAAUUCCCAAAAUCCUGUGGUGCAAAUGAAAACUGGGCCUGUCCCAAGCCAAACGCAUGACGAUGGCGAGGACCGUGGUGCUCCCAGGGCCAGCUUUGGAGAAAUUAAAACGGGAAGCAGAGUGAAGGAAUCAGCCAGCCCAGAAGAGGAAGAAUCCUUGCUCUGUUCCAAAAGUAAGAACAGCCUCCAGCCACAAGGGGGCAUUGUGGCUCGGAGAGGAGGAUCUGAGUGGGCACAGGGCUGGCUGGAGGAGUCUACAGAUGCAGCCUUCCCACACCGGGAAGAAAGUGAAACUGAUGUGGGUGCGGAGUCCUUCAGGCCGGAUUGGGCCAGUUUUGGAUCCUCUAAGUCAGUCUCGGUGCAGAUGCGCUCCUCCCUGCCCUCCGUCUCCCAGACGACCCGCCGGGGGUGCCCGGCGCCCACGCCGAACCUCCGACGGGAGAUUGCCGAGGCCAUGGCGGCCGCAGCAACGUCAUCGCGUGGACAGGGCAGGAAGCUGAGCCAGGGGAAGCCGCGGAAGAGGUCAGCGUCCCUGGACACGGGACGGACUUGGGAGGAGGAGGAGGAGGAGGGGGAGGAAGAGGUGGGGCGCUGGGAGGCGGGGAUGAUCGCUGGGACGCGGUGCUGCUGCGUGUGUGACCACCGCUGCUCCUGCUGCUCCUGGCACACACACCAUCCCACAGGAGAACACACCAGCGCUGGACUGCCGCUGCUCCACCAAUCAGCAUCUCGCUCCUCUCCUUUUACUUUCUCAUUGGACGAGCUGGAGGGGAUGGUGCGAUGUAUGCGGAGGUUCCGCGGUGUUCUGGAGGACGUGGAGGAGCAGCUGCAGGAGCAGGAGGCACAGGUGUACAGCGACUUCUCCCACCUGGACAGGGCGGACGCGGCGUCCGUCCGGGCGCUGCGAGCGGAGGUGAAGAGGGAGGCGGAGCUCCUGGAGACGCAGCUCACCGAGCUGGCCCAGCACUGCGACGCGGGCAUCACGACGAAGAUGCAGAGGCUCCUCGAUGAGCAGUCCCAGCUCUGCAUGCAGCUGAGGCUCCCCUCCGAGGCCCGCCACUGGGGCCCCGCCCACGGCCGGCAGGCCACGCCCCCCGGCCCAGUCUCCGCCAUGCCCGGGUAUUUGAGUGGCAGGUGCGUGGCCACUCAGUGCUGCCUGCUUCCGGACCUGCUGGUGAGCGGCUCCUCCCUAUCCGCGGAUCUGCUGCCGGGGACGCAGUGCCCCUCCCCGCCACCAGAGGGUGCCCUCACACCGGCGCGCGCCACAACCGCCACCCGGCGGAACCCGCCCAACAAACAGGACGUCCUGGCCUUCGCGGGUUUCUUUCAAAGCCUCAAGGAUUCGUUACGGCACUCGGUCCACAGCGACUGUUUGGAGUGAACAGGAAGAUCCAGGAAAGAGCGACUGCGGCCAUCGAAGAUGCAGUUUGUCAAGGAAGAUGAGUUCUGACUCAAGAUUUGUAAUUUUUUGGAACGUUUUUAUACAUAUAUAUUUUUUCACCUGGCUUGAAGAAAUACUUAUACAUAAUAUUUUUGUUAUGAAAUUGAGUGGCUUGUGAUACAUUACAGAUUUUGUUUCUAAAUGCUAGAGAAGCAUUUGAAUACCAGUCGGUUCAUGGGGAUUAGCACUGUUUGAGUUAUAGUGAGUGUGCGAACACUAAGUGUAAAUAAAAGUCACAUAAACA